UGCACCAUCAUUGCGGGGAUACCCUUCCGUUGUGCAAUGAAUGUCCUCUAUAACUAUCAUGGGAUCGGCAGUCAGAUUCAUUUUUACUUUGGUGAGAGCUGUCACAAGGUCUAACGUUGGACGGAGACUUUUCGUCGCUGUAGAAAAUGAUAUUAGAUUUCAAACGUCGGGAGAGAAAACGUUCAAAACAACGACGAUGGCGAAUAAUUCGGCGGAAAACAAGUUUCAUAAAUACCUGAUAGUGGGCAUGUGUAACCAUGGAAUGCCAAAAUCACGACACAGCGUGGGCAUACAAGUGUUGGAUCGACUGGCAACAGACCUAGACCUGAAAUGGACCAGGGACAAGAAUUGUGCAGGGUUCACUGCAACAUUUGACUUGAAUGAAGGGGCCCAGGUUAUCAUGUUAAAGCCGAAACAGUUCAUGAAUGUGAAUGGUAAAUCAGUAGGUAAAACAGUUCGUCAGCACAAUAUAGAUGCAGAUAAAGUUUACCUCAUGCAUGAUGACUUGGACAGAGCUUUAGGCAAGGUCAGCAUCAAAGAAGGCGGCAGUGCUGGUGGGCACAAUGGUAUCAAAUCAGUUCAAAGCUUGUUGGGAUCUGCUGUAAAUAAGAUGUUCAAAGUACGCAUUGGGAUAGACCGACCAAGCAGUAAAGACGAGGUGGUAGAAUAUGUUCUGACAAACUUCACUCAAGAAGAAAUGACUGGUGUUCAGGAGGGUGUAGCGAAGGCACUCCAGUUGUGGACAUGGCACCUAGAAGGCCAAGGGGAGAAUGUGCUCCUUCUAACCAACCUCUACGGGAUAAAUCCAAAAAUAACACAGAGUCUAAAUCGCAAAAAGAAAAAGGAAAAGAUUAAAUCUAAGGACACAGUAUUGUCAGAUAAAACAGAUAUAGGUAUAUCAACAACAUCCAGGACACAUUUAGAGAAAGGUGUGGUAUCUACGGACAAACAUCUAGAUACAACAUCAAUAUCUGGGCGACAAAGAGUGGAAAGUGUGUCAUCUGCAGACAAACAACAAGAUAGAAUAUCUAGGACACAUUCAGAAGAUGGGGAGGUAACUGUUGACAUGGAAGUUAAAAGGACUAAAGGUGAAUAGAAAGUAGUGAUGUGUAUUCAAUGAGGUCAAGGUCACUUGAAUGAAGGGUUGUGUGUAUAAUGAAGUCGGUAAACGACAGGGGUGAAAGGUCAACAUAAUGUAAUGGUGUGAAUUAUGAGGUCAAUUACACAAACUUGACCAAUUCUAGAGGUCAUAUUCCGUGAGAGUGUUGUAUGUAUGUUGAGAUGGAACAAGGCAACAAAUUUACCUUUUAAUGUAUUAACAAUUUAACACAAAUAUUUACUGUUUACUGUGAGACUUUCGUCCAGGCAAAUUUUGCCCUCCACGGGUAGAACCCGUUUUCAUGCAGUGUUAAUUCAUUUAACGUGGUAUUUCUUGAUAGAGUAUGUUGGGUUCUUCUUUUCACUGCUUUGAUAAAGUCGGCCUCACUACGGAGUGUCAAAAAACCGAAGAUUAAACUGCGUUGAAAAUUUUCCUGUUUACGGUAUCAUAGGUAGUGAUGUACAUCUGGUAAGGUCAUCAAGAAUACAGGAGUGACCAGGACGAAUGGUCAAAAGGAUGUUCUAAUGUGACCAGCACUGAAGGUUGUUAAAAUGAAGUGGUGUGUGAAUCUAUUGUUGAAAUUUAAUGGCCAGUAAUAAAGGAAAAAACGUUUUGUGAACUGUGCAAGUUAACUUUUUAAAUGUUUUAAUUAUGUUCAAAUAAAGAUGAUCUCAGGACAUACAGGACUUUUAUUAGAAAUAAUAAAGAUAAAACAAACCAAAUAUAAUCAGUUGUAGUGUUGUGAGUGUAAAAAUCCAGCGGGGCUAGACUUGGAUUCGAACCCCAGACUUCAGAUUGUUAUACUGUUGCUCUAACUGAUUGAGCUACCUGGUCAGAAGUGUUUUGCCCAAACUUUUCUACAGUUGUAGCCAAACAGAGGUUAAGGGGAGGUUACUGUGACAGG